GCCGCCAGACUCGGGCUGCCCGCGGGAGGGGCUGUGAGCCCGCGACCCGUCGUCGGAGACCGCAGCUGCUCGGCCGGAGUGCAGGGGGUCGAGUCCGCGCGACGGCUCACGCGGGACAGGUCCCUGGAUGAGGAGGAGCUGACGACAGCCGAGUCCCACCUUCUCUGAGUGCUGGGGAGCGGGGCUGCGUGGCCCAGGUGGCACCAAUGCCGAAGAACAGCAAGGUGACCCAGCGCGAGCACAGCAAUGAGCAUGUCACGGAGUCAGUGGCCGACCUGCUGGCCCUCGAGGAGCCGGUGGACUACAAGCAGAGCGUCCUGAACGUGGCAGGUGAGGCAGGUGGCAAACAGAAGGCGGCGGCGGAGGAGGAGCUGGACACAGAGGAUCGGCCGGCCUGGAACAGCAAGCUGCAGUACAUCCUGGCCCAGAUUGGGUUCUCCGUGGGCCUGGGCAACAUCUGGAGGUUCCCCUACCUGUGCCAGAAAAACGGAGGCGGUGCCUACCUGGUCCCCUACCUCGUGCUGCUGGUCAUCAUCGGGAUCCCGCUCUUCUUCUUGGAGCUGGCUGUGGGCCAGAGGAUCCGCCGCGGCAGCAUUGGCGUGUGGCACUAUGUGUGCCCCCGCCUGGGAGGCAUCGGCUUCUCCAGCUGCAUAGUCUGCCUCUUUGUUGGGCUGUAUUAUAAUGUGAUCAUCGGCUGGAGCAUUUUCUACUUCUUCAAGUCCUUCCAGUACCCACUGCCCUGGAGUGAAUGUCCUGUCACCAGGAAUGGGACUGUGGCAGUGGUAGAGGCAGAGUGUGAAAAGAGCUCAGCCACCACCUACUUCUGGUACCGAGAGGCCUUGGACAUCUCCAACUCCAUCUCAGAGAGCGGCGGCCUCAACUGGAAGAUGACCUUGUGUCUCCUGGUGGCCUGGAGCAUCGUGGGCAUGGCCGUCGUCAAGGGCAUCCAGUCCUCUGGGAAGGUGAUGUAUUUCAGCUCCCUCUUCCCCUAUGUGGUGCUGGCCUGCUUCCUGGUCCGGGGGCUGCUGCUGCGAGGGGCCGUCGAUGGCAUCCUACACAUGUUCACCCCCAAGCUGGACAAGAUGCUGGACCCGCAGGUGUGGCGGGAGGCAGCCACCCAGGUCUUCUUCGCCCUGGGGCUGGGCUUCGGGGGCGUCAUCGCCUUCUCCAGCUACAACAAGCAAGAUAACAACUGUCAUUUCGAUGCUGCGCUGGUGUCCUUCAUUAACUUCUUCACCUCGGUGCUGGCCACCCUCGUGGUGUUUGCCGUGCUGGGCUUCAAGGCCAACAUCAUGAACGAGAAGUGUGUGGUCGAGAAUGCCGAGAAAAUCCUGGGGUACCUCCACAGCAACGUCCUGAGCCGGGACCUCAUCCCUCCCCAUGUCAACUUCUCACACCUGACGGCCAAGGACUACACGGAAAUGUACAAAGUCAUCAUGGCCGUGAAGGAGGACCGCUUCUCAGCCCUGGGCCUUGACCCCUGUCUCCUGGAGGACGAGCUGGACAAGUCUGUGCAGGGCACAGGGCUGGCCUUCAUCGCCUUCACUGAGGCCAUGACGCACUUCCCGGCCUCCCCGUUCUGGUCUGUCAUGUUCUUCCUGAUGCUCAUCAACCUGGGUCUGGGCAGCAUGAUUGGGACCAUGGCUGGCAUCACCACACCUAUCAUCGACACCUUCAAGGUGCCCAAGGAGAUGUUCACAGUGGGCUGCUGUGUCUUUGCAUUCUUCGUGGGGCUGUUGUUCGUCCAGCGCUCCGGAAACUACUUUGUCACCAUGUUCGACGACUACUCUGCCACCCUGCCGCUCACUCUCAUCGUCAUCCUUGAGAACAUUGCCGUGGCCUGGAUCUACGGGACCAAGAAGUUCAUGCAGGAGCUGACGGAGAUGCUGGGCUUCCGGCCCUAUCGCUUCUAUUUCUACAUGUGGAAGUUCGUGUCUCCUCUGUGCAUGGCCGUGCUCACCACGGCGAGCAUCAUCCAGCUGGGGGUCACACCCCCCGGGUACAGCGCCUGGAUCAAGGAGGAGGCUGCGGAGCGCUACCUGUACUUCCCUAACUGGGCCAUGGCGCUCCUGAUCAUCCUCAUCGUCGUGGCCACCUUGCCCAUCCCCGUGGUGUUCAUCCUGCGACACUUCCACCUGCUCUCUGACGGCUCCAACACCCUCUCCGUGUCCUACAAGAAGGGCCGCAUGAUGAAAGACAUCUCCAACCUGGAGGAGAACGAUGAGACCCGCUUCAUCCUCAGCAAGGUGCCCAGCGAGGCGCCCUCCCCCAUGCCCACUCACCGCUCCUACCUGGGGCCCGGCAGCACGUCGCCCCUGGAGACCAGCGGCAACCCCAAUGGACGCUACGGGAGCAGCUACCUCCUGGCCAGCACCCCUGAGUCGGAGCUGUGACCACCGCCCCACCCCGCCCACCUCUCCCCCCACAUCCAUCCAGCCCUCUCGUCCCGGCCUGGCCUCGCUUUCUGGGUCAGGCCCUCUGCCCAAGGAGAGGGCGUGUGCCCUCCCUCACCCCCCUCCCCAGUCCCAGCCGACUUCUCCCUAGACCUGAGCAGGGGCCAGGUGAAACUCUGUCCCCAGUGCAGGCUCCCAACCCAUCUAACCUCCUGAGAUCCACUCACCAAAUCGCAGCUGAUUAACAAGAACAAUCCAGAAGUCCUAAUACCCAGCACAGGGGAGACUGCAAGUGGCCACUGGAGGGGCUGCUCCCCCUCCCUCCCUCCCUGUAACCUGGCACCUGUCGUUCUUAGGUCCUGGGCAUGCCUCUGUAUUUCCAGGUGGUGGCGAGAGGCACCAGGUCGGGUAGGAUGGGGUGUGGGGCAACCCAGAGGCUGAUGGAUUUAAGGUUGGGGACAGGACUAUUGUGUCGGGACUCGGGGCUCAGACUUGGGAUGGAAUCUCGUAGAAGUCCCCAGGUUCUGUUUUGUGAGGCAGAUGUUGCUCUCUGGCUUGAGCGUAAGCCUCAGCAGUGGCGGUGGAAGGGGGGCUGGGCAUGGGGGUCCCUCAGCCUGGGCUCUAGGUGGAAUCUUCCACAUUCUCCACCCUGCCUGGGGCAGCGUGUGUCCUGUGUCCUGCCUGGAGGCUGAUGACUGCCCGGAACCCUUCCCCACUUCCACGAGGGCUUAGCCUGCCCUCUCUGUCCCCAGAGUGGUGGCCUGUGCCUCUUUCCUCUGGAGAGGAGGGGACAGUACACAGAGAGGUUUCCAGAGCACACUUGACGGUUCACAGCACAAUUCAGAUGGUUUGGAGCACACACGCGAAGCACACUCCCUCUCUCACCCGGGGCCCAACUUUCUCACUAGCGGCAGCUUCUCCCCCUGGAAUGGGGGUCCCUAGAGUUCAGGGACUCGUACCCAGGAAACCUCAUCCCUGGGGAAAGACGGCUAAUUUCACUGCCCCUUUGGGCUGCCACUCACUCCCUUGUUCAAGCACAGCCAGCACUGUGUGUCCAUUGUGUGCGAAUAUCUCCGGAACCUUCCCCGAGCUGCCACGGGCAGUGCUACGGACACCGGUGCGGCCCAGGGGAAGGGUCGGGUCUCUGUCCUGGGGCCCAGGUCCCCCAGCAUCCCCACCUACCCUUACCUCAGGCCUCCCCCGGAAGAGGGCUGCCCUUGGAGUGCAGGCUGGGAGGCCCGGAGCCGAACUAGAGAAUGUCUGCAGAGCGCCGGACAGACUGGCUGAAGGAUGGUAGUGUGGAUGCAUGGGCGUGGAUGGAAGGCUGGCAGGCAGGCUGGCUGGGAUGGCCGAGCUCCAUGUUUGAGAGCUGAGCAGUGGGCCACAGUGCUAGGUCCUGGAUCACUCUCGUGUUCACAGCACCGGGAGGGGCAGACUACGCCCAGGGUUCCCUCCUUCAUCCUCUAGACCCCUGGCUCCCUCCCCAGCUUCCCUGGGGGUCCAUCUUCCCACCUUGCCAUUUCCCUUCCUCGUCCCUCCCCCCCUCCCCAUCCGCUCCCAUUUCUGGCCCUCUGACCAUACCUGUCCUUUCUCAGUAUGAGGGAGGAAGGAGACCCACAUGUCCCUGAAGAUAUGAGCUUUUGGGGCACAACAUCCCGCCUCGGGCACCUCACCGAACACCUCCUCCCUGGCCCCAUGCCUAAUCCCGGCAGACUUAGCAACAGGAAAAGCAAGGCCCCAGGAGAGGCACUCUACUAUAUAUACUCUUCUAUAUAUUCUAUUUCUAUUGUAUAUUCAAUCUGUACAUGUGGGUGUAAAUGCUGUUAAAUGACAAACCCAAUAUUAUACUGUGGCUGGUGGACUAUUUUCAUCCUCAGUGCUGUACAGAUCUAUUUUCAUUGUAUAUUUGAUAUAUUUUUAAUUUUGUAGCGUGUGGCUGGGCCAGGCCCCAGCCUGCCAGCCUGCAUCAGGGCGGCCGAGCUGGGCCGUCUGCUUGGUUCUCGCGGGCUGGGCAGUGCCGGUAGCCUCUUGCCGCGGGCCGGGCCGACCCGGCUGUGGCUCUGCUGGGUUAGACGGGAGGCCUGGAGCUUGGCGAGUGCGCGUGCGUGCGUGUAUGUGUGCGGUGCGUGCGCAUACGUGGGUGUGGGUGUGUGUAGGUGAUCCGUGACGCCCAGUGUCCGCCGCGUCCCUGAAGACCGCCCCGCCCCUCCCUGCCCCCUCCCUGCCUCCUCCCCUCAGCCCUGUCAGCCUCAGGCCAGGGUGCUGUGGGGAAAGGCAGGUGUUUCUUGCUGGUGACUCAUCGCCUUCUACCCCUGGGCUUGCCAGAAACGGGGAAGGAGGGGCGAGGGGGUGGGGGGCAGCCCCCAAAUUUAUCUUCUAGCUACCUUCUCGCUGUUCCCCCUGGAGUGACAAGCUCUUUAUUCUGAGGGAAAGCGCUGGGUUUCUUUAGACGGGGAGAUCCCAAGGGGGCGCCGCUGUCCCCUGUCUGUCCUUGAGACGUCCUGAGAGUGCUCAGAAAGGACCCGCUUCCCUUCCCCUGUGCUUCUGACACGCACUCCUCACGCCUCAGUGGGGGCUGGGAGCAGGCAAGGCCUGGGUGGGAGUCACGAAGGGGUGUGGCAUCUGACCAAGUAAGAUCCCGCCCCAGAUUUCCUGGAGGAGCAGGAGGGGCCCCCACAUCCCCGUACAGGGGCCACGUCCCUUACUGGCUUUGGUGCUGUUCACGCAGUGCCCGCAGGAGACAGCGGACUCAGGGCAGGGCGGGAGGAGGGGGGGGCCUGAAAGAGCCCCCCACCCCACCCCACCCCUUCCCUGCUCCUGCCUGUCUUCCAGCCCCGAUCACCAGCUUCUUGCUCAGGGAGCCCUCCGCGCUGAGGGGCAGGAAGCCCGAGUUGGGGAGGGGGGCGGGACAGGAGGGACAUACUGACAUACUAGUCGUUGUCAGCGAGGUGGGCUUGGCCCUCCAGCAAUGAACCUGAGGGGACGUCCUCGUUCCUAGUGCCAGGAGAAGCCUCCUGAGUUAGCAGCGGCCCCGCCCCCGUUGGGGGCCGCAAGCUGGGUGGUCCUGCCAGGCCCUCAGCAGGGGGUGGGAGCUGCCCUCCUGCCCUUCCUCACAGCUACGCCCCCUGCCCCCCCCCCCCCAGUACUCCCACCGUGGAAGAGAGAAGAGACAACAUGUUGGAACACACCUGACCCCUGCGUGAGCGUCGGCUAGGCCCUGAAACCGAGGGCCUGCUGCCCCUCACUGGAGCCUAGCGACUGCGGCUGGGGAAGGAGGGCCCACAGCAGCCAUGCCUUUUGGUUCUGGCAAAGUUCAGAACAAUUCAAGUCCAUGUGCCCCGUGACCGGCCAGCGCCCUGGGUCAAGACCGCUCAGCCCAGGGGAGGGGACGAGGCGUCGUCACCCCCAGACCCCCUCCUUCCUUUCUCCUCCCCCCAGCCAUGGUGUGCAAUAAAGUGUCUGUUCUUACCAAA